AUGGAUAAAUAUAUUAAAGUGCGAAAGAUUGGAGAAGGAUCCUUUGGGAAAGCAAUUCUUGUCAAAGCUAAAGAAAAUGGCCAACAGUAUGUUAUUAAAGAAAUAAACAUCUCUAAGAUGUCAAAUAAGGAGAGAGAAGAAUCAAGAAGAGAAGUUGCUGUACUGGCAAACAUGAAACAUCCAAACAUUGUCCUGUAUAGAGAAUCAUUUGAAGAAAAUGGCUGUCUUUACAUAGUGAUGGAUUACUGUGAAGGAGGAGACUUAUUUAAAAAAAUAAAUGCCCAGAAAGGAAUCUUAUUCCCUGAGGAUCAGAUUCUGGAUUGGUUUGUACAGAUCUGUUUAGCACUAAAACACAUACAUGAUAGAAAAAUCUUGCAUCGAGACAUAAAGUCACAGAAUAUAUUUUUAACCAAAGAUGGAACAAUACAGCUGGGAGAUUUCGGCAUCGCCAGAGUUCUUAACAGUACUGCAGAGCUGGCUCGCACUUGCAUAGGAACACCAUACUAUUUGUCUCCUGAAAUAUGUCAGAAUAAACCUUACAACAAUAAAAGUGAUAUCUGGGCCCUUGGUUGUGUUCUCUAUGAGAUGUGUACACUUAAACACGCAUUUGAAGCUGGUAACAUGAAGAACUUGGUACUGAAGAUAAUCUCUGGACCUUUUCCUCCUGUGUCUGUGCAUUAUUCCUAUGACCUACGCAAUCUGCUUUCACAGUUAUUUAAGAGGAAUCCUAGGAACAGACCAUCAGUAAACUCCAUAUUGGAGAAAACCUUUAUAGCCAAAAGGGUUGAAAAAUUUCUCACACCACAGCUUAUUGCAGAAGAAUUCAAUCACAAAAUCUUCCAAAAGUUUGGACCACAUGCUGCACCAGCUAAAAGACCAGCUCAAGAACAAACUCUGUCUUCAGCUGCACCAACUCACAAAAUUACCAAACCUGCUGCAAAAUACGGAGUGCCUUUAGCAAUCAGGAAAUCUUGUGAUGCAUCUAAAAAGCCUAACGAGAAGAAGCCAUUGACUAAAUCUAGGCAGGCCUUUCCAACUCCAAUGAAGAAAAAUAAUCCAGGAGAAGAAAGGAGGAAAAUGUUUGAGGAACCUUCAAAAAAGAAAAGAUUAGAAGUGCCUGAAAAAGAAAAACGUCAGAGAAAUCAGGUAGAUGAUUUACUGAAGGCAGAUGAAAUGAGAAGAUUUGAAAAAGAAAGGAUGGAACGAAUGAACAGAGCCAGGGAACAAGGAUGGAGGAAUGUGCUUGGUUCUGGUGGAAGUGGUGAUGUUAAGGCACCAUAUUAUGGUGGUGGAGGUGGCGUCAGUCCUUUUCCUGUGUCUUCCAGAGGACAAUAUGAACACUAUCAUGCUAUUUUUGACCAGAUGCAGCAACAAAGGGAAAAUACUAGACUAGCUGAAGCCAAACUAAAGGCAAAAGUACAAGGCCGAGAAGCUGCUGAAAGAGGAUUUCCACAUGGAAUACAUCCAGGAGAUCCUAAGGGGCGUGCAGGUCAUCACCAUUUACCUGAUGCUGGUGCAGUUAGGAAAAAAGUGAAAAGAUUGAAGGAGGUGUCUAAACAAGCCAAUGCAAACAGGCAAAAGGGAUGGAUAGCUGCAGACAGAGCUGAACAAGUUGAAGAAUUCUGGCAACGAAAGAGAGAAGCCAUGGAAAACAAAGCUCGAGCUCAGGGACACAUGGGUACACUGCAAAACGUGGCAGAUAUCUAUGGAGGCAGGCCCAUUUCUGCAAGAGGAAGGAAAUCCAGAAACAAGGAGGAAGAGGAAUAUUUGGCAAGAUUAAGACAAAUCCGGCUACAAAACUUUAAUGAACGUCAACAGAUUAGAGCAAAACUUCGUGGAGAAAAGAGUGAAGCCACCAGUUCUGAUGGACAAGAAUCAAGCGAGGAAGCAGAACUGAAACGUAAAAAGAUAGAAGUGCAGAAGGCCCAAGUAAAUGCUCAAGCUGCGGUUCUGAAAGAACAAUUAGAGCAAAAGAGAAAGGAAGCAUAUGAAAGAGAGAAGAGAGCAUGGGAAGAACAUUUGAUAGCAAAAGGGGUAAAGAAUUCUGAUGUGCCUUUUCAUGUGGGAACUACAGAACACAGUCCUGUGCAUGGACUACAAGGACUUGAAGCAGCUCUUCCUAAGCCACAGCUUCCAGUGAAGCCCAGUACACCAGUCAUCUCCAUGACUUCUGCUUUGAAGGAAGUGGGUGUGGAUGAAAAUGUAACUGCUAUCCAGGAAGCUGAGGAAGAGAUAAAAAAGCCAGAUUUGGCAGUGCAAAAUAAACGAGAAAUACUGAGAAGGUUAAAUCAAAAUCUUAAAGCUCAAGAAGAUGAGAAAGAGCAAAAGGACCGUAAAAAUGUUUCUGAAUCAGCUGGGUCUGAAGAUGGUAAGGAACAAGAAGAAGGUGACCAUCCACUUCUAGGAGAUCGUAAAAAAUGGGAAUCUGGAGCAUCUGAAUUGGUGGUUCCUCUAGCUCAGUUAUCAAUGGAAGAUUCUCUCUGCGGAACAGACCGUCAAACUCUGGGGGAAGUAAUUAAGUUAGACAUUGGUGAACCCCACAGGAAAGUCUGGGGCAAAAGCCCUACUGAUUCAGUCCUGAAGAUCCUAGGAGAAGCAGAGUUGCAGCUGCAAACUGACCUACUUGAGGAACUAGAUGUAAUAAAUGGUACUGCAGAACUUCUUGAAGGAGGUCAUCAGUCCUCAUCAGAGGAGAAGGAAGAGAAAGCUUUUCCUACUGUUGAGGCUCUGUCUUCAGCACCAGUUGGUAUCAGAGAGUCUGAAAUGACCAUACUAGAAGAAUGUCAAAGAGGUGGACCUACCCAGGUGCAGAGCAGACCUACUCUGCUGGAUGAGCCUGAUGAUUUGGAAGCAGAGAUGUUGGAAGAAACACAAGAAGAAAAGCACCAGAAUAAGAAAUACCCCAUCACUGUUACUGAAGUGUGGGUAAAAGAGAAAGAGGACAAGACACAACAUGACAGAAUAAAUGAGACAGCUUCUGCGAAACUAGUGCUUGAUGUGGUUCAGCCACAAAAGGAAGCUCCAGAAGAAACUUGUUCCAGUGACUUUUCACAACCUGAACCCUUAUUCCAGAGGGUAAUGCAGCCUGCAGCUGUACCAACAGCCUCUCCAGUUCUGUCAGCUCAGUCUUCGCAGGAAGAGACUUUUGUACCUCGGUCACACUUCAUAUCACCAGCAAAACAUAAAGGCAAAAGUUCAUUGUUGAUUGGACUUUCUACAGGGCUUUUUGAUGCAAACGACCCAAAGAUGUUGAGAACAUGUUCACUUCCAGAUCUUUACAAACUGUACAGAACUUUAGUCGAUGUUCCCAGUGUAGCAGACGUGCAGCAUCAACAUAAUCUUGAAACAGAUGAUACAGAAGACGAGCAAGCCAAAGAAGGACCCUCUGAUUCGGAGGAAAAUGUGUUUGGGGAGACAGAUACAGAUUUGCAGGAACUCCAGGCCUCAAUGGAACAAUUGCUUAGGGAGCAGCCUAGUGAGGAAUUCAGUGAAGAGGAAGAGUCUACUUUAAAGGCUAAUGUCAUGAAAUGCCUAACAAAUGGUACAGAGCUGGAUGAAGGAGAUGACAAUAACCCCAGCAGUGAAAGUGCACUUAAUGAAGAGUGGCAGUCAGAUAAUAGUGAUGGAGAGAUUGCCAGUGAAUGUGAAGAAUGUGAUAGUAUCUUCAGCCACUUGGAAGAGUUGAGAUAUAACCUGGAGCGGGAAAUAGGCUUUGAUAAAUUCAUUGAAGUUUAUGAGAAAAUAAAGGCUAUCCAUGAAGAUGAAGAUGAAAAUAUUGAUAUUUGUUCAACCAUAGUUCAGACUGUUCUUGGAAAUGAACACAAACACCUGUAUCCCAAAAUACUUCACCUAGUAAUGGCAGAUGGUGCCUACCAAGAAGAUAAUGAAUAAAACUGACUCAGGAAAUUCCUUAGUGCUG